AUGAGUAAUCCAACUGGAGAUUGUGCACAAUCCUCCCAAGAAGAAGACCGUGAAGGUGAGUCUCUCUGCCUGAAGAUUAAAGCCCAGUUGGAGGAUUUGUUCUCCGACAGCCACCUGGCACAGGACGGCUUCCUGCUAAAACAUGUGCAGAGGAGCAAGCAGGGCUAUGUCAGCCUAAAGCUCCUCACUUGUUUGAAAAAGAUUAAGGUCCUGACCACAGACUGGUACAUGACUCUAGCCGGAGCAGAGUACUCGGAGCUUCUGGAGGUGAAUGAUGUAUGCACCAAAGUGAGGCGGAAAAAGCCGCUUCCCACAUGGCUGCUGUGUUCCCCCACCAGCAAGCUUCUCCUUGCUUGGAACAUUUCUGAGGAGAAAACUGGAGAAGACGGAGUAGCCCGAAGCCCCGAGCACCCUUCACUCUCAGAGAGGAUCUUCAAAAAGUUCAGCACUCAUGGCACCGUUAAUUCAGUGUGGAUACUGCAUCCGGGCAAAGAGCUUCCCAAGGAGCUGCAGACCUAUGCUAAGCGGCACAAAGAGCUCGGCCUUCAUUUGUGUGCAGUAGUGAAGUUUGCACAACUGGAGGCGGUUCGUAACGCGUACAGUCUUCUUAAAGACGAGCCUGACGGGGAGGGCAUGCAUGUAGUGCCGCUGGGAUUCCUGAUGCACCACCCCACCAAAGAGGAAAACAACCACGACCAUCCUGGAGAAGAAAAUCCACUGGAAAUCUCUGAGGAGUCAGUCCAAGAAGAACCCUCUUCACCAGUGAAAGUUUCCACUGAGAGUCUAAACACAGCUCAACCCCAGGAGUCCCAGAGUAACUCCAUGCAGAAGCCCUUGGAGCUGCUAUCCAGCAGCAGGAAAGUCCAGCCCUUCUGUGGUUUAAAUCAGAGGUGCAGUAAGAUGAGCUGGUGCUCUGGAGACUAUGAUAGGGGUAAUUCCCAGAGCCCCUGGGUGCUGAGGCGCAAAUUUGCAGCCAGUGCAUUAAACCCCAAGGUGGCUGGGGACCUGAAUGAGCCGAGAUUCAUGCAAAGAGUGAUGCGUCAGCCCCUCGGUCCUGACGGAACCAAGGGCUUUCUGUUCAGAUGA